GUUCUUAGUAGUGAACUUAGACUACUUGAUUCUCCUAAGAUUUUCUUUUGGCCUGUUGAAACCUCCCAACGAGAGGUCCGAGGCUGAGGUCGUCUAGAUCGGGUAUACAGAUCGAGUGUCCCUCCGUAAUUACUCCGCGUGGUAGACAAAUCAGAGUACAAGCCAUUCUAAAUGUGUCCAACACGCGUGUAGUAGAAAUGGUGACGGAUUGUGUAUUUUAUACAUGCCUUCGACCUCCAGCCAGCCCGAAAGCAGCCAGCUGCCGUCCUUAUCUUAUCGGCUUGUCUUCCCCUGCCAAUCCACACAACGCGAUCAACAAUCCUUCCCUUUUCUGUUCUUUGCACCUUGCUUAAAGUAUAACGAAAUUUUAUUGGAGGAUAUAAUGCCCUCCUCUUUUUUGCAUCUAGAUGGCCUGCACGUCUUCAUCACCGGCGCUGCUGGAAAUAUCGGAAGUCGCGCGGUACAAGAAUUUUUAGACCAGGGAUGCAGAGUUACCGCACAUGAUGUCAAGCCAGCCGAAUUAGAUAUCUCAAAUUCAGAUCGCCUCCAUGCCGUGGUACGAGAGACGUCAUUUGAGAAAGACUUUCGCUCGAGCAUGGAAGAAGCCCAGAAUCGCUUUGGACCAAUCAAUAUUCUGGUAGCAAAUGUUAGUGUAUCAGAAGAGAACUCGGGAUAUCCCAUCUGGAGUCUACCUGUGGAUGUCUGGGAUAGGACUUACCGGGUAAAUGCUCGUGAUACUUAUAUAGCUAUCAAACAGUUCCUCCUUGCUGCAAAGUUCGCGCAAGAGAAUCUGGAGAAUAAAGAAUUAGAGAAUCUGUCAAUCGUGAUAGCCGCCAAUGGUCGUGGAAGUUUCAGUCAGACUGGGCUGCAGUAUGGACUGCUCAAAGAAUUGAAAAGCGAAAUUCUGCAGGUGAAUCGCAAGGCACGUAUAAACUCCGUGGUACCAGGAUGGCUAGACAAUACCUCAUCGAAUGAAGGAGAUAGUAUUUCUCGUCGCAAGGCAGUUGGGCCGAAUGAUUUUGCGCGUGCAAUAGCUUUCUUAUCAUCGCACCAUGCAGCUGGUCAUAUAACUGGCGAAUGCCUGGCGGUGGAUACUCAGAUGGAGGGUCGACUAAUAUGGAAGGCGAACGAGGUUGUCAAAAUCUCUGAGCCUUCGUCCUCUGUCAUGCAAUCAAUCUCUCGACCAAUAUCACAACCAACAAGAAACAAGAUUCGAGUGGCUGUCUCAAUAGAUUUAGAUGCUGUGUCUGGCUGGCUCGGGACCGGCUACUCCCCCGAAAAUGUUUUGGCCGACUAUUCAGCUGGGUUCUUCGCCGCUCGAGUUGGCGUUCCUCGAUUGUUAAACAUGUUAAAAAGAGUUGGUAUCGCAGACAAAGUAACUUGGUUUAUUCCCGGUCAUUCGGCGGAGAGCUUUCCUCAAGAAGUCCAGCAAGUUGUUGCCUCUGGAUGCGAGAUUGGACUACAUGGGUAUGCACACGAAGGGGCAUACUCUCUAACGGUCCAGCAAGAAAGAGAUAUUCUCGAAAGAUGCAUCCAGAUAGCAACCAAACUCACAGGAAAGAGACCAAUCGGAUAUCGUGCACCAUUAUAUCAGGUACGGGAAUCAACACUGGAUCUUUUGGAAGAAUAUGGCUUUGAAUAUGACGCUUCUCUUACCGACCACGACUCCCACCCCUUCUUCGCUCCUCGUCGACCUCCUCUCCAACCCAUCGAUUACACCAAGCCAGCCUCUAGCUGGAUGCACCCCAUCCCACCCCCCUCCAAAGACCAACCUCAAGACCGUCGUCCACUAGUCGAAGUACCCUGUAACUACUAUAUGGAAGACAUGACACCGAUGCAAUUCCUGCCACACGUACAUAAUUCGCACGGCUACGUAGACGUGCGAACCAUCGAGCAGAUGUGGCGCGAUCGCUUCCUGUGGAUACGUGAACACGAGGAAAACCCGAUUUUUGCAAUGCUCAUGCAUCCGGAUACGUCUGGUAUGGCCCAUGUGAUUGGCAUGGUGGAGAGAAUGAUUAGGUGGGUGCAGAGUUGGGGUGGGGAGGUCGAGUUUAUGCAGACGGGGGAUAUUGCCAGGUGGUGGAGGGAGGACAAUUGGACCGAGUGAAGGUUAAAUGUAUAUCAAUUGAUAUGUACGUCGACAUGGUUGAAUUUUAUGUGCUUGGUUUAGAUAAAUGCC